AUGUUGCUGGUCGCCAGCCUCAUGUUGCUAGCGUUAUACAUCCCCAUCGCCGAAUCAAAAUCGGAGCACGAAUGCACCAGCAUCGACAUACGAAACGGUUGCAGCCAGAUGCAUCUGCUGGACAACUGCACCGUGGUCACCGGCUACGUCAUGAUCACGCUGAUCACCAGCGACCAGCACUGCAACUUCUCGGACUACACCUUCCCGCUCCUCACCGAGAUCACCGAGUUCAUGAUCUUCACCGAGGUGCGCGGCCUGACCAACAUCACGGAGAUGUUUCCGCACCUGACCGUCAUCCGGGGACGCCGGCUUUUCCUCAACUACGCCCUGGGCGUGACCAAUAUGCACGACCUUGAACAGCUAGCUUUUCCACAAUUAGUGGCCAUACAACGCGGUCAAGUCUACAUCGGCAGCUGUCCAAAGCUGUGCAACAUUGACCGGGUCAAUUGGGAUCUGCUGACCCUGAGCAGAGGCGAGAACCACGUCACGCUGGCCAGUAAAAACUGCAGCACACCAGUGUGUACGGGAUGCAGUUCCUCGCACUGCUGGUCGAACCACUACUGCCAGCGAUCGCUCAACGAAAACGUGGCAAAUCCCAAGGCCAACAUAAACACCUGCCAUGAAGAUUGUUUGGGCGGCUGUGUGAACAACUCGACAUCCCCGGCUGACUGCACCGUUUGCCGUGGCCUCAGCGAUGCCGGAGUCUGUGUGAAGAGCUGUCCGAAGGACAAGUACGUUAUGGAGCAAUUUCAGCGAUGCUACACCCAGGAGGAGUGUGUGAACAAGCAUGGCUAUGUCAUAUACGGAUCACAGUGCGUUUCCUUCUGUCCCAGUGGCUACAAGACGGACAACAGAUCCGUUUGCGUGCCCUGUGCCGCCGACGAGGCUUGUAUUAGCUGCUGCACUCCGGAGCUGCCCGGCAAUACGUUCACCAUCUACAACCUGGCCGAUGCCGAGAAGUUGCGUGGCUGCCAGAUCUUCAACGGCAGCCUGGUCAUCACCAUUCGCAACAAGGUGAACGAGACGCAGCUGCUCCAGAGCUUCACCAGCAUCCGCGAGGUUCGCGGUCACGUGAAAGUCUAUCGCUCUUCCCAGCUGCGAAGUUUAAAUUUCCUCAGGAAUCUAGAGCGCGUUCAUGGUGAUCCACCAGAGCAUCGUCACUACUCCUUCAUUCUCUACGACAACAAGCAGCUGUCCGAAUUGUGGAAGCCCGCCAGGCAGGUGGAGCUCUUGGAGGGCGGCAUGUUCAUGCAUCGCAACAACAAGCUGUGCAACCAUCGGAUGCGCGAGUUCCAGAACUCUGUGACCCACGACAGAGCGCUGGACUCUUUGCAGACCAACGAUCAGGAGGUGCAGUGCAGUCCCUCGAAGCUGCAGUUGUUUGUGCAGAAACGCACUCAUCGGACUGUUAAGCUGAGCUGGCUCAAGUCUCAGACCAGCCAGAGGCUCGAGCUCAUCCACCGACCAUUGCCGCCGGGUAAACAGUAUCACGAGGAGAGUGAACUGGAGGCGCCGAUAUGCACACGCAUCAACUGGAAGCGACAACUGCUCUUCCCCGACGAUCUGGUCGAGAAUGGCACUCACUAUCUGUUCCAGCUGGAUGAUCUUCAGCCGGGCACAAGAUAUGCCUGCUUGCUGCGAACCUUCGGCGAGGAUUUGGGGCAAGAGGCACGCAGCGAGCUGAUCUACGUGCAGACGGAGCUGGAUAUUCCGAGGCCACCGCUGCUGGAACUGGUCAAGAAGACGGACAGUUCGCUGACCCUGCGAAUGGCCAGUCACGACCACGACAGCUUUCUGCUGAUGGUCUACGAACUGGAGGACGACCACGCGUAUAUUGAGCAGCGGAACUACUGCCACCAGCCAUCGAUUGUGUGGCAGGACAUGGACGGGCCCAACUGGAUAGAGUUCGAGGACUACGAGGACUGCUGUGCCCACAAGGCGGAGCAGCUGGAUGACUCGCAGUUUAUAGCCGACAUGCGGGAGCAGUAUCGCUGCACUCUGGACGAUCGCAGUCAGUGCCGUCGAUUGGCAUUAACAGAGGCCACUUUGCCGCAGCUUGAACUGCCGGGCAAUACCACCAGGUACGAGCUUAAGCAGCUGCCCAGGUAUCGCAUGUAUGCCCUGCAGCUGCAGGCCUGCAAUAGACUGGGAUGCAGCAGCUCCACAACGCUGUACGGACGCACGAAUUACACGCUGGGCGCUGAUCUGCUCACCCAGCUGCAUGCCUGCCACAUACCGGAGACGCAAAGGUACAUUGUGCGCUUCGAGGAGCCCAAGCAGCCCAAUGGGAUGGUGACCAACUAUGUGAUCCAUUACCACAACCACUUCAACCAGACGCACUAUGGCUGUGUGACGAGGCAGGAUCACCAGAGUGCCGGCUAUGUGUACGUCAAGCGGCUGAAUAUCACCUUCACCGAGUGCUCUGUGAGGGUCCACUCUUUGGCCGGGGAUGUGAUGACGCCCUACAUCCAAAUCACCCGCUGCAGCGAGGAGGAGCAGCGGCAGUUUGCCCACAGCCGAGAGGCCAAGGAAUUGGCUCCGGAGAUUUCAGAGGUGCCAGUCACAGCGUCGCAUGUGCGCGGCAUUAGCAUAUUCCUGAUCUGUUUCCUUUUCGGAUGCAGUGCAUCGCUGGUUUGGGUCCUCUACAAGCGACGCUGCUGGAGGAAGAUACCCGGUCUCCGCCGCUAUGUGCCCGUGCGGGAGCAGUGGCUGCGGGACCGGCAGCAGGCCGAGGAUCGAGAGAUCCUGGUCGACGGCUUCGAGACGGUUCGCUUUCAGAACAACAACGACAGCCAGGCGGACGAUUAUCCCAUGUAAACGAUAAUAUAAAUGUAUGUGAACUUA